GGAUUUUAAAUAUUGGAAUAAGCUAUAAACAAUGGCUGAUGAAGUACAGCAAUAUAAUGUUCUUACUCAUCAAGAAACAGUAGCAGAUCACUUGGAGAACAAUCUGUAUGAUCAAGUCACUGGUAAACAACCAGAUGAUGGAGCGGAUAUGCAACAGUUCAAAACAUCUAGUCAGAAUGGUGAAUCCCGAAAUUCAAAAGAUCCACCAGGUACAAACAAAGAAGAACCAAUUGAAACGAGGGAUGAUAGUAACACGGAACAAACGAGGAAUUUUAGUGUAAACGAAAAUGUAGAAGAAUUAAAAGAUUCAAUAUUAAAUGGUGAUAUAAAUAGCAAAGAGAAUUCCCCUCGAACUGACGGAGAAAGAAGUGGCACAUCAUUGUCACGUGCAACGACUGAGGUUUCGUUAGAUCUUGAACUCAACGGACCUUCUCAUGACCAAAAAGAGGCUCAGUUUCUUCUAGUCAAAUGCCCACUCUGUUCCGAGAAUAUGCGAAUGCCAAAGAUAUUGCCAUGUUUGCAUUCUUUUUGUGAAUCUUGCCUAGAAACAUAUGUUAAAAAAUUGAUUGACCGUUCGAAAACAACAACGAUCACGUGUCCAUUAUGCCAUGCUGUAGUUCUUGUAUCAAGGAACAGAAUUAAUGCUCGGGAAUAUAUCGAAUCUCUGCCUACAAGUACGCUGAUUUCGACGGUUCUUAGCAAAAAGGCAGCAAGGACAAGACUUUGUAAUGUAUGUAACAGUGAUUUAAAUAAAGCAGUGUCUUGGUGUGGUUACUGUGCACUUGCAUUUUGUGAAGAGCAUGUUCAAUACCACAAACAAUUAACUUCAAUAAAACAGCGCCAUCCAACGGUGAGCCUAGAUGACAUUAGAGGAAAAUCAAACACUUUAAUGUUCCCUUAUCAAAAGUGUCAUUUUCACAAGAAAGAAGAUCUGCAUUUAUUUUGUAAAGAGGAAUGGACUCCGUGUUGCCAUGUUUGCCGUAAGAUGUUGCACAAGAUAUGCGACAAUCAGAAAGGAAGUGUCGUACCACUUCCGGUCGCUGCAGUAAGAGUAAAAGACAGUAAGCAUGCUAAAACUUUAAAGAAACGACUAGAUACGUUACGUGAAGAAGCCGAAGAAAUUUCCGAUGACCGAAUAAAAAAUCUUGAUGAACUUGAGUUACAGCUGAGGUUAGGUCGUGAAAGUAUUUCUACAAUACGACAAAACAUCAACGAUCACCUUGACCAGCUGGAAGAUGACCUUCAUGACGAGCUUACCGAGAUUUACGAGCGCACACGGAUAGAUCUAGAAGAAGAAAGAGACAAAGCGGAAAUUAAACUGAGGACUGUCGUUCACUAUCAAAACCUAAUGGAAAAUAUAACCAUACACUCGCCAGAUACCCAAGCAAUAACUGAAAUGUCGCAGCUUAGGGACCAAACUAAAAACGUUGAAGGUGAUAUCCAUACCUUUAAAAGAAAAGCCAAAACUUUUGAAGUAUCAAUUACAACCUACGCAGAAUAUUUCAAACAAAUCAAUAAAAUGGGAUCUCUACAAAGGCGGGAAAUAUCAGCCUACAAACUUGCACCAGUACCACCACCAAUCAGAUCUAAAACCAACCUAUUUAAGGGGACAUCACUAUCAAAAUCCACUCUGUAAUUCAUUUGUUCAGCAUGUGCAGCACUUGGCAUUAAAGUUGCU